AUGGCUCUGAGCAAUCGAUUUCUUUUGAAUUCUACUGCUUUGUUGAGAAAUCCAACACUUCCGCUGGCAGUUACAUCAUCCCGUCAAGCCCAUGCUGCUCACAACACUAUCAUUAAUUUUGUGCCGCAACAGGAAGCUUGGGUUGUUGAGAGAAUGGGAAAAUUCUUCAAAAUUUUGGAGCCGGGCCUAAACUUCUUGCUUCCGGUCAUAGACAAGAUCAAAUUCGUGCAGAAUCUUCGAGAAAUCGCAAUUGAGAUUCCGGAGCAAGGAGCUAUCACAAUCGAUAAUGUGCAACUCCGUCUUGAUGGAGUUCUCUAUUUGCGUGUCUUUGAUCCGUACAAGGCGUCCUACGGAGUGGACGACCCGGAGUUCGCCGUCACCCAACUGGCACAAACAACGAUGAGAAGUGAAGUGGGAAAGAUCAAUUUGGAUACAGUAUUCAAAGAGAGAGAACAACUCAACGUCAACAUCGUCUACGCCAUCAACAAGGCAUCGGCGCCGUGGGGAAUUCAGUGUAUGCGAUACGAAAUUAGGGAUAUGCAUAUGCCGGCGAAGAUUCAAGAGGCAAUGCAAAUGCAGGUGGAGGCCGAGAGAAAGAAGAGAGCCGCCAUUUUGGAGUCCGAAGGAGUUCGUGAAGCAGCGAUCAAUAGAGCUGAAGGAGACAAACGAUCGGCUGUCCUUGCCUCCGAAGCCAUCCAAAUGGAACGAAUCAACGUGGCGAAAGGAGAAGCGGAAGCAAUUCUUCUGAAAGCGGAAUCCCGUGCCAAAGCAAUCGAACGAAUCGCGACGGCUCUCGAGAAAGACGGAGGACACAAUGCAGCUGGAUUGACUGUCGCUGAGCAGUAUGUCGGUGCGUUCGGAAAUUUGGCAAAGGAAUCCAAUACUGUCGUUCUCCCGGCGAAUUUGAGUGAUCCUGGAAGUAUGGUGUCACAGGCGUUGGCGGUUUAUGACUCGUUGAGCAAGAGGAAAUAA